CUUAGAUCCAGACGAUUGACCGCCAGACCGACAAAUCAAAGCGAACCAUCCCCGUCAGCAGUCAUUCAUAUCACACGGUUUAUCCACGAUUCCGCUUCAACCAAGCAACAUUAAACAACAAACCGUCCACGAGCGCCAAACCGAGCGCACCGUCUAUUCUCUCGCUCUCUCGAUGGCGCCGAUAACGUCGCUGGUGCUACCGCUGGUGGUGGUGGUUUCCACCCUCGUCGCGAGUGUUUUCGCCGAUUUGGACCUGUUGCUGCUACACAACAAUGACAUGCAUGCGAGGUUCGAGGAGACUGAGAGGAAUGGUGGUACUUGUAGACAGGACCACAGGAACGUGUCCUGCAUAGGUGGCAUGGCUCGUGUGGCACACGAGGUUCGACGCUACCGAAGGGCGGCUGCAGAUGGUACUGGGCCAGAGGUACUGUUCCUCAACGCAGGGGAUACCUUUAUAGGUACCGUCUGGUACACACUCUUCACUUGGAAUAUCAGUGCCGCGUUCACUAAUAUUCUGGAUCCAGAUGUCAUGUGUCUGGGCAACCACGAGUUCGACAGCGGUGUGGAAGGACUGGCCCCUUUCCUCAACCUCAUACGAUGUCCUGUAGUGGCUGCCAACUUGAACUUAAGCAAGACUCCAGAACUAUCGAAGGUCCAGAAAUCAGUGGUACUUACAAGGAGUGGUCAGAAAAUCGGUAUCAUCGGCCAUUUGACCCAGGAGACCAAACUCAUAUCUCAACCGGGAAAGGUCAUUUUUGAAGACGAAAUUGAGGCUGUGAGAAAAGAAAGUGAAAGGCUGACAGCUGACGGCGUGAAGAUCAUCAUCGUUUUGGGCCAUUCAGGCUUCCUCAUGGACCAACGCAUUGCUGCCGAAGUGCCUCUAGUAGACGUAGUGGUGGGAGGACAUACGAACACGUUCCUCUGGAAUGGUCCUCAGCCAGAUUUAGAGCCAAUUGAUGGACCGUAUCCUUUCGUGGUAAGACAGAAAGGUGGAAAAAACGUUCCAGUUGUCCAGGCGUACGCUUACACCAAGUAUCUAGGUCGCCUCAACCUGACGUUCAACGACGACGGUGACCUGAUCAAGUAUUCCGGCCAACCGGAAUUGCUCGGCUCUUCAAUUCACCAAGAUGAGGACGUACUUCAACUGCUUGAGGUCUACCGACCUGAGAUCAACAGGGUAAACAGUCUGGUGGUUGGGCAGUCGAAGGUUACCUUGGAGGGAGGUGAUGAAUGCCGUAAAAGGGAGUGUAACUUUGGAAACCUCAUCGCUGAUGCUAUGGUGGCGUACAUAGCGACAGUAUCGCCAGACACUUGGACAAGUGCCCCUAUUGCGGUAGUGAAUGGUGGCAGCAUUCGAACUACUAUAAUGCCGGGGAAGGACGGAGCAGUCACCAGAGGGGAAAUCUUAGGAGCCAUGCCUUUCGGUAACUCAAUAGUCACUCUCAGCCUUAGCGGCGAAGAUUUGGUGAAAACCUUGGAGAUAGGGGCUAGGAGCAAUGGCGAAACUUCCAGGGGAGAGUUCCUGCAGGUUUCAGGUAUCAGAGUGACCUACGACAUGACAAAACCAACAUUGUCCAGAGUGGUGUCAGUAAAAGUCCGCUGUGGAAAAUGCAGGAUUCCAGAAUACGAAGACGUGGACCCCACCAAGAAUUACACCAUCGUAGCCCCAAGUUUCUUAGCAAUCGAUGGCGGCGACAGCCACUACAUUCUCUCAGAACAUGGAGCCAACAAGCAAACCGCUGAUCUGGGGGAUGUCGAUUUGCUCGUGUGGUACUUUGAGCGGUACAGUCCCGUCAUUCCUGAGGUGCAAGGUAGAAUACGGUUUUCAGAUGGUUCCGCGUGUAGUGCAGCUUCUGGGAUGAGCAUUCCUCGUGGUUUGAGUGUUAUGGUGAUUGCACUGUUUGUGGUGAAAAUGUCUAUGACGACGUAGUGCAUUUAUUCUGUUGCUUGCCAACUUAUAAUGGACGACGUUUUAUUACAGAAAAGUGCGUUUUUUUUAAAUUUUCUACUUACAAAACGCUUUAAAAACCUGGGGAUGACCACAUAUUAAAAAAGUAAAGAAGGUUGAGUUGCAAAUGUAUCUUCGAUGGUGCUGUUGUUAUAGUUCUUUUCACGGCUUUUGACUAUUACGCAGGCGUAUCAGUGAUACGGGGCCCUAGCUUACCACGGUCCCCACGUACGAAAAUGUGUUUCUCACAACCCUAUGCAAGGUUCUAGGCGGUGUGCUGAAUUAAAAAUUUUCAAGCACUAAACAUUAGAUUCGGCUGGAUGAUAGUAGCUAGCAUGUUUCCUAUGUUUAAGCCUCUAGAUUACAACUGCAACGCCUAAAAGAACCUUUUCGAAAUUAAAACUAACUAAAAUAUUUUAGGACUUCUAUGAGGCAACUUUGAUUAUAAAGCAUGGUACUCUCUUCAGUUUUCCAUGACUCAAGAUAAGUCUUUUGCUAAAGUAACACAAUGUUUGAGCUCCAUAAUGUUUUUGACUAUGCCCUAAACUGAAGGAAUCGAAAACGAUGAAAGUACAUUUAAAUAUACAAAAAUGUUUAAUUACCCUUAAAAAUCUUGAGAAAGUUGUAAAGCAUACGAAAACAAAUUCUGGGACGACCUGAAAGCUAUUUUAAUUUUUACUACACCGCUGCUCCGUCAAAAGGCGUGAAAUGAGCUUUACGUAAAUGUGCAAUGAGAAACUGUGGUCAAAAAUACGUACCUUGGAAAGUCAUAAAGAAGAUUUUCGGCCUUCAAAGCGUGAAGCCUAAGUAAUACGUAAUUACAUUUAAUUGAAGGGAUUUCCACCGUAACAUUUUUAAAUCAAAGUCAAUGAAUUUUUCGAAUCACAUGUGUAUUGUCCCAAUUACAUAAAUUUUGAACCACUUCCAUGAUCAAUUCCAUACAUAUACAAUUUUUUGACACAUUACAGUUUAAAGAUAAGUUUUUAGUUCCUUACAAUGUAAUAAAAUUUGAAGCAGUAUUUCAAAUAUCUGUACUGAUAUUGUUUGUACAUAUGUAAUAUACUGUAACGUAUUAGACCAUUA